AUGAUCAGCAAACUCGGAAACGAUCUCCUCGUCGAAAUUCUGAUUCGCCUCCCGAAUCCUAGAUGUGCCUGCCGGAGCAAAGUCGUGUGCAAGCUGUGGAGAUCCCUGAUUUCUGAUCCCUGCUUCAGUCGUCUUUUCCUUUCUCACCACCACCAGCGCAUGAACAAACCACCUCCUCCUCCUCCUCAACUCCUUCUCUCAGAUGACAGGGAAUCGGUCGUCCUGAGAUUCCUCCCCACACCCGUUGAAGAGGGAGGCUACCGUUCACUGCUUUUCGCAGUUUUCGAUUGUUUCAAGGACUUGCUUUUAUGCGGGUUUGGGGAACUAGGUGACCGCCAUACGAAUGCUGAACUUGCCAGAUCCUACUUGAUCUGCAAUCCUUUUACGAAGCAAUGGAUCGCUCUCCCUUUGGCCCCCGAAAGACCCGUCGGCGGGCUUACGGAAUUGUGCGCAAGGUUAGUCUGCGAACCCUUGAUUUCUGAUAGUCGUCUUGAUCUAGGAGGUGGCUAUGAGUAUCGGUUCCGGGUGGUCUGUAUAUAUCAAGAUAGGAAUUCCAUGAAGCUAGAUGUGUUCUCUUCCGACUCUGGAAAAUGGAAGAAGGAGGCUCUCCUUCUUCAAGAAGAAUGGCAAGGAGUUGAACAAUCUGGUAACUGGAAGAAGCCAAAGGUGGCGAAUGGCUCACCUCUUCUCAAGGAUAGGAUGGACGUUGGCGGAAGAAGGUCUGUGUUAUCUCUUGAUUAAAGGAAAGUAGUUUAUCAGUUAAUGUUUUUCCCUUGAUCAAGUCAAUGCUAUUAGUUGGUAGAAUUCAGUGUAGAGGGCAUAUUAUACUUAAAGCUCUGUGCUCUUCAAUCGAAAGCGCAAAAGUCCCACAUGAAUCCAGGGACUCCUUCCCUCCCAAAAUACAUUACAUCUUUCUUCCUGAUCCAAAUUGUAUGACGCAGUCGGCUGUGGUUUAAAUAAUAAACGAAUGGAGUUGCUGCUAUGCAAGGCUUUUUGGG